UUCUAUAAACUAAAUUAAUACCAUAUUUAUCAGGAUGGUACAAGAGUUUCAGGUUGUGAGAUGUUUCUCCUGCAAGACGUUUCAAGUACAGCAGGUUAAAAAAAGCAAAAAAUGGAGCUGCAAGAUGUGUGGGGAGAAACAGUCCCUUAUGAAGGAAUAUGGCAGAGGAACGGGUGCAGACUGUAGACGGCAUGUACAGAAGCUGAACUCACUGCGUGGGGAUCUGCAAGAGGUAGAAAAUGAAAAAGCUUGGACUCAGUGGGAGAAUGAGGAUGUAUGUGGAGAUGAUGAAGACACUGGUGAGGAUGUUCAGACCUGUGAGCAAAAGGGUGAGGCACAAGUUGUAAGCCGCUGGAGUAAAUUUGUAGACCAGACAAACAGCUGUCCGAAAGAUGAAGAUGAGGAGGAGGAAGAGAACGUUUACACAGAACGACAGUGGGGUCAGAAUCGUAAUACUUUCAGAAGAAGAAAGAAAAACUUCACCUCGGAGGCGGCUUGUAGUGAGAACAUGACCGCACGCGAUGAUGAGGACCUGGAAACUCAUGGGAAGACCAAGGCAGUUCCAUUUCAGAACCGUGAUGUCGCCUUUAAAUCAUCACCUCAAACACGACAAUCCCCCAAAGAAUCUCCAGUAAACAACGCAUGCCGCAGCACAUUCGCUCCUCCUGACCCCUCAGCUCUCCCACUGAGCUCUAAACAUCAAAGUCCAAGUUCAAAAUGCGCCGGACCCAACAAACUGCCCCCCAAUCGGCCCUCUGUUCCUUCCAGCGGUUCCUUUCCACCUUCAUCCUCAAGUAAGAGACCCAGUGAAACUAAACUGGAUGCAAAGGACUCUAAGUGGACAAGGUUUCUCAAUUCUGCUAGCACUGACCAUGACGAGAACGAUGAUGAGGGUAGCGUAUGUGGUCAGUAUACCACUAGUACCACCGAUGUUGAUUACUUGUCCCAAGCCAACGAUCCGACUGGAAUCAUCAGGAAUCUGAGCAGUAAGGAAAACGCAAGAGCGCCAACGGAUGAGACUCGUCUAGACCGGAACGUCGUGUGCGAGUUUGGGAAUCUGACUCGCUGUUUGGGUGGAAAUGCUUCCCAACACCUUCGAAGUCCGACCUUCACCUCAAGACCUGUUAACACCCAGAAACCAGUGUGUGUUCAGCCUCCACCCGUCGAAAAGCCGUGCCUUGGUCUUCCUUUUAACUCCAUGUUCCAUACAGAGGAGGACUUUAAUGACACAUAUUGAUAAAUAUUUUAAUCAAUUUAGACACGGUAUGGCCAAAAGUAUAAAUGGGUUUUGGCAUUUAAGCCACGGGUGUGUAAAAUAGCUUUUUUAGUGACGCUAUUGUGACAUCUAACAGCUUAAAGAGCAAGACUGCAUCACUGACUACCAAAGUGCAAACUGCCUUUGGAAGCAACGUCAGCACAACGUCAGUGUUAAUUUGGAGCGUUGUGAAUUAGAUUUUAGGUUAUAACAGCAGCCCUAAGUGUAGUGUAAGAUCACAGUGUCAAGCAAUGGCGAGCACUUGCUGUUGGACUUGGGAUCAGAGUAAAACACAUCCUCUGACGUGAUGCAGCAUACGUCACCAUCUGCCACUGUGGUGGACGAAUCUGGGUAGGGUUAUUGCCAGGAAAAUGCUGAACUAUGAGCUCUGCUGGAACAGUUAAGAUGAUCUUCAGGUUACUACAUACACAGACCUUUGGGAUGAAUUGGUACGCAGACUGAGCUCUUGUGCUUAAAUUGAAGUGAAUUUUGACAUUUCAACGUGUAAGGGCUUUUUGAGACAAGUGACACCUAUUAUAGCAGCUUCAUAUCAGUGCCAGCUUGGAACAGUACUGUCCGCUCAUGUUUGUCCUGUACAAAUUGUACUAUGUACUCUGUAUACUGCACCUUCAGUUUGUACUGUGUACUAUACACAUUGUACUGCAUGUACUGUUAGUACUGUUUACCGUAUCUCAUUUGUACUGCUAGUACUAUGUACUGUACAUAAUUUGUACUGCAUGUACUGUUAGUACUGUACUGUACAUAGUGUGUACUGUUAGUACUGUACAAAUUGUACUGUGUACUCUGUAUACUGUACCCACAGUUUGUACUACAGUAUGUAUACUAUACAAAUUGCACUGCGUGUACCAUUAGUACUGUGUACAUAAUUUGUACUGUUAGUAUUGUGUACUGUUUGUACUGCGUACACUGUUAGUACUGUGUACUGAGGCCUUAAGUAUAUAGACAAUGUAUUGUGAAUAAUCCACAAACACUUAAACAAUUGCUUUGCUUACAGUUUAUUAGACAUGUGAAACAGA